AAAAAACAUUUAUUACGUAAUCAGUAGGAAGUAAACAGUAGCAGAAAAGAUUACAAGAAACAUUUAUUCUCUGUUCCAUUGAUUACCGGCAUCAAAUUAUCUCUGGAAACGACAUGUAAUCGUAUAUCUACCUGAAAAAGAUUAAAAACGUGACGUUUACAUUCCAUUUUCUCUUUUCAAAGAAUCCAGUGCGGUAUUCGCUGCCAUCGAUCUGAAACAAGACGGCGUGGAACAUCAUUCGAUUUCCCUUAAAAAUGUUUUCUACAAUACCAAAUGGGUAUCACAAAGUUCUUCCCCAUUUCUUAGAAGGGGUUGUUUGUAAAGGAUUUGGCCGAGGAAGUAAAGAAUUAGGAAUUCCAACCGCUAAUUUCGAUCACAAAGUGAUUCAGAACUUACCCUCUGAAUUAGACUGUGGCAUUUAUUAUGGUUUGGCUAAUGUCAACAAUGGACCGAUAUACAAAGCUGUUUUGAGUAUAGGCUGGAAUCCUUUCUAUCAGAAUGAUAAAAAAUCAGUGGAAACUCAUAUUUUGCAUGAUUUUGAUGGUGAUUUCUACGGAGCGAAGCUGAAAGUUGCGAUUUUAGGUCACAUACGACCUGAACGUGAUUUCUUGUCUUUGGAUGAUUUGAUUGCUGAAAUCAAGAAUGAUAUUAAAAUUGCUGAUGAGAAAUUAGAAUUAAAUGAAAUCUCUAAGUAUAGAACUCAUCAGUUUUUUCAAGUGGCUAAUGGUGACAUUAAUUUAUAGAAAUUGAUUAAUAAUAUAUUCAUGUAUAGGUUAAGUACUUAUGUCUGGUGGUAAUGUUAAGUUGAUGAUUGAAUUCUUAACUAUUCUUCAUUAUCUAUAAAGAAUGUGUAGUGAAACUUUGCGAUCUGACCAUUUAGAAUGGAACUUAUUUCUUGUAUUAUUUUUAUUUAAUGUCUAUUUUUUAAUGUUUAUUUUGUAAACAGUAUUUUAUUCUGGUUAGGUAUAUUGUUUGUGAAGCACUUAGUUUACACCUGUUUAUUAUUUUACUUUAAAUGCAGUUUUAUGAAGUGCUGUUAAGUUGGAAAGUUAAUUCUAGUAAUUUAAUUUUUUAAAUUUUCGUUCAAGUAAAAUUAAUGUUCUUAACAAAUACUUAAUAUUAUUGUAUUUUUUUUUUUAAUGUUUAAAUUUUAUUAUUGAAUUGAUAAAGUAUGCAAUGUUAUUAAAAAAUGUAAUUCAUACAAUAGAAUGACUUUUCUAGCAUAAAAUUUGUAUUAGAGUUU